CGCCUCAGUCUCCAAAGCGGACAUGAUCCGCCCCGACGAUUCGAUCUCGGAUCGGCCUGAUCGUCUGUUCCGUGAUCGUUCGGGGUACAGGGCCUGAUUCUGGAUCAGUCACCGGAGGGGGGCGGGAGCGAGCGCGCUCUGAGUGCCACAUGCAGCUUGUCGCUGAACUCUCACCCCGCCUGGUCCCCUAGCAGGCCGGCUGAAGGACUCCUGUGAAACGGCUCCGAUCCUGGACCGCGGCAUGGCCAGCUCCAGCGAUUGCGUGGUGAUCAAGGAUGAGGAGGCAGGCUAUGACCUGGACCUCUUCUGCAUCCCCAAACAUUACGCCGGUGACCUGGAGAGGGUCUACAUUCCACACGGGCUCAUCCUGGACAGGACGGAGCGGCUGGCUCGCGAGAUCAUGCACGACAUGGGGGGCCACCACAUCGUGGCGCUGUGCGUCCUCAAGGGCGGCUACAAGUUCUUUGCCGACCUGCUGGACUACAUCAAGGCCCUGAACCGCAACAGCGACCGCUCCAUCCCCAUGACCGUGGACUUCAUCCGGCUGAAGAGCUACUGUAAUGACCAGUCCACGGGUGAAAUCAAAGUUAUUGGAGGGGAUGACCUGUCCACCCUCACGGGAAAGAACGUCCUGAUUGUGGAGGACAUCAUUGACACCGGAAAGACCAUGAAGACUCUGCUGCACCUUCUGAAGCAGUACAACCCGAAAAUGGUGAAGGUGGCCAGUUUAUUAGUGAAGAGGACACCCAGGAGCGUGGGCUACAGACCUGAUUAUGUAGGAUUUGAGGUUCCUGACAAAUUUCUAGUGGGAUAUGCACUAGACUACAACGAAUACUUCAGAGACUUAAAUCAUAUCUGUGUGAUCAGCGAACCAGGAAAGGAGAAAUACAAGGCCUGACGGGGACGACAUCCUGCACUCUCUCUGUCUUUAAUUUGAGGAAAUUUAUUUUCUAUUGUGAUUGUUAUCUUUCUUUAGGCAGCGUGUGUGAUGACAGAACAGCAGUGUGUGAGCUGUACAGCUGAACCACUGUUGGGAAUUGGGAAGUAUUCCGUUUUUAAACCGAAAUGUCGUAACCUAGCAGACACUUUUUAAACAGAGACGGCCAUCAGGGAGGAGAUCAGGGUGUGUAGCUCAUGCGUUAUUUUGAUUAGUCUUCUGAUUUGCCAGCUGGAUGUUUGACAGCGGUUGCGGUUUCCUCCUGGGCAAGCCGACCACUGACUGCGCCCGAGUUGGCCACCAGUCACGCUGCAAAAACUGCGAGGGUGGGGGGGGACACACCUGUCACAUGCUGAGCUACGUGCCUCAGAUGUCUGGGGAGGCUUUUAUUUGCAAAGAUAAUCCUGUGCAAACGCAGAAACCGUUGCCGCAUGAUCGUCAUUUUUGCAGGAAAGGCUGUAUUGAUGCUGUACUGGUGUCAAUUGAUGCUGCGUGUGCAAUAAUAUGAAAGCAGGUUGCCGUACACUUUAACUGAUUAAUUGAUUUUAUUUUUUAAUUCAUAUUGCUCUAAUUUGUAAUACAGAUUACCAUGAAAGUUGGAAAAAAAAGCCAAAAAAUAUCGAAUAUAAAGAUUCAACAUCUGGUUUAGGCACCCUUAGAUGGCUUGGCCCAUGGGCUGCCACAGAUUUAUAAUUUUUUCUCCCUAUUCCCUGUAAGAAGGUCUGUCUGCAUGGAAGGACAAGGUGUGAAACUGAUAGGAUGACGGAGGCCCCCAUACACACUGACAGCUCCACACACAGCGUGAGGUCUGGCUUCAGGUAUCGCAGCGGAUCUCCGCUGUCUGAGCGGCUGUUCUUCGCAGUUUUUUUCUCCAGACGCUAUCCGAAAUGUGUCCGGUCUGCUCUGCUCCGUAAAGAGAAAGGGCUAAUUCAACGCUGUAAACUUUGAUUUUCAUGAAUGUCAAUGGCCAGAAUCUGAUGGACUGUUUGAUUUCAUAAUUAUUUUUUAUAAUUAUUGAUUUGACAUAAAUACAAACAGAGUCCUGCGGGGUAAA